CUUAGUAAGCUACGAAAACCUGUUUCGUACGAACGAAAUGGUUAUACUGCAAAUGUAGCAAAUGUUGUAAUCAAUGGACAACACAAUUUCAGAAGUGAUAUGAAUGCAACAAUUCCUUGGUUAAUAAUUUUUCUUAUUUUCCAAUGGCUAUCAAGCGGACAUGAUCUGAACCUAAAUAUCACAUUUGAUGGCGGAGGAAUCAACUCGUUUUGUCGUUUUACACUCAACUAUGACGCCAAGGACACAGUAAUCCUUAAAAGGAAGAUAUUUAGACUAAAACGAGAUGUUAUAUCUGAAAGCAAAAACUUCGAAUGCGUUUUAUGUCGUUUGAAUUCCACGAGAAAUUAUGCGGCUACCAAAAGAACGAUUUGCCAUAUCAUCUACCACAGUCUUUAUCAUGCAAUGCAAAAUCAAGAUGUUCAUCGUCAAUGGAUUAUUAGCGCGAAAGGAGUGGGAAAAAGGAGAGCAAAAACGAAAACACGUGUGAGCAGAGUCAUAUUUCUAAGUGUUUAUUGGAUUCAAAGAAAUAAAAACAUAAGUAGAUUAGACAAAGACAAAAUCACCCAUGAAAUUCUUAAACGAAACAAAAGAAAUAUCCUAGGAAAUCGUCAGAACACAACCACAUUUCCAAAACAUUUUCAUAACACUUCUUCUUACACGAAUGAUGUCACACGACAAACAACGACCGCUCAAAACAAGAUGUUAAUAACGAGCAGUGAAAUAACAACAUUUUGCAAUAAUAGUCUUCCAAUCAUAUCUUCCACGAUAACUUCAUAUCUUUCAACAAUAAACCGUUCUCAUCAAACUCAAGUAAUUUCUCCCUCUUCAAAUGUUUUCGCGUCAAUGUUGCAUAAUCUGACGGGUCACAAGGCCAGCAAUUAUUUAAGCAAGACAACUUCAGUAACCAAAGUAAAUUCUGCAAUUCAUUCAAACAGUCGUAUAACAGCCACGAAAUCCACUAUCACAACAAGUAAAAACUUACAACAAAGUUGCAUAACCCAACCUUACGUGACGACGACAAAAAUUAAACCAUCUCAGAUGACCACUAAGCGAAAUAAUAUUAUGACAAGAAAACAAAACAAAUUAUUUGUAGGUUUAAUAGCAGGAGGCUGCGUUGUGAGCAGUAUCAUCAUAGCUAUUGCAAUGUUUCUCCUUGUAAAACGUUAUAAACGUAUACAAGCCAAAAGGAGAACAGAAAAACAGAUCAGUUAUUUCAACAGAUAUGAAGGCACCUCUCCUUGGGAUGAAUCAGAACAAUUUAGAGAUAGCAAACUCAGUGUGUUUACCUUAAAGGACAGCAAGUUUGAUAUUGACUGGGAUUCAAGUAAUGAUAUAAAAUAAACAUCAUCAAAAAUCAUGUUGUUAAAUGUACGAGUAUUACAUAAGAUGAAAAAAGUUAUGUAAAUCUUUAAUGCAAUACCUUGGUUGACAGCAAUAUUUUAUAAAACUGUUUGAAUAAGUAAUAUUAAAUAUGUAUGAUUUAAUUAAGGGAGGAACUUUAAAAGAUUUAGCUCCCAAUGACUGAUUGGAUUCAAAUGAAUAAUUCCAAUGUCCUAAAUGAUAAACCUUCAUUACGUAAGAAAUAAUUUUGACCUUAGCUCACUCUGUACAAAUCCAACAGAUUUUUGUUGGUAUUCAUGAAGUUGUAAGAAUUUUACCAUCAAGUAUACAACACAGUUUUUUAGUCUUUACGG